AUGCGUCGUCGAUCACUGGUUGCCAUGAACAUUCAGCCUAGAGAAUCUCCGAUGUGAGUUUUUUUUUCCUUGAGUAGUUGUUCUGAAAAGUUCGAUGGUUGCGAAUCAAUCAUCCAGGUGUCUUAAGCGGUAGACCCGUGUUGAACCUGUGGUUUUUUGAGUAAACUUUUGAGUUUCAAUUGUGCUAAAAACGGAAAAACAACAAGUGUAAGAAAAAAAUUGAUCCAGCUGUGUUUAUAUCGAAAAUAUGAGACCCACCUGUAAUGAAUAGGUUCCUCAGCUAAGGUAAAACAUGCCAAAAGUUCUUUCAACUGUGCUUAUACGAUUUUAAUACGGGUGGACCCACGGAGACCCUGUUUUAGCCCGGCCUGGUCUACCCACACCAGUGAGAGUGAUUUUCAACAAAAGUCGAGCAAAGAAAAUGAAUUUUUUUCUACAAAUAAGUUGGUUUUUUCAACCUGAUAGCAGUUCUUUAUCAGCUCAAAUUUUGAUUUACCGUAGUUUUCGUUUAAAAAAAAGAUAAAAUUUUUUGAGAAUACAGAUCUUUUUUUAUUACCUAUGUUUGUUUUUUUUUCAAACCAUUUAGCAUAUACUCUUGUCAUAACGAUUCCCAGAGUUCCCGUCGCAAAAGAAAGAACGGAAGCGGUCCGCCUACCAGUUACACUGGAAGCCGAUGAGCCGACGAUGACCAAGGCUGAAAAAGAGCCGCCGCCACUGCUCGAAGCGCCGUCCGAAGGAUCCUCCAACAGAACUUUUCGGAUAAUCGACAAGGCUGAAGAGAUCAGACCUGCUAAGUCUUUGCUUCCCAUCUUUGGAAAAAGGUUUCGGAUUGACUUUGAUCUUAAAUUAUUUUUCAAGUCUUCCAGUGAGCCCUCAUCUUCCAUUACGACCUGGCUGAGGAACAAAAUGGAGAAGGAACGGGCCGUUAAGGAAUCUGCGCGGAAAGCAGAAGCCGCCAAGAAAGAAGCAGAGGUAGUUUUUUAUAAAUAUGUGAAACUUGUAACGGUUCAGUCGCGUUUGAAAUGGCUUGAAGCAUCGCGGUUUGAAUUAGGUUCUCAGUUCCUUGAAACUUACCUUACGCAGCCGUUAAGAGUCAAGCUAUUCUAAAUGGAAUCCCUGACUAAAGCGAAAAUUUGAAUUUCAGGAAGAAAGGCGAAAAAAUGCGGCCAGACUCUUCGAAAGAUGGAAAGCCGAACAUGACGAAGAGGCUAAAAGGAAGCUACAAAUCGAAAAACAACGCCUUAAGGAGAAAAAACAGCGCGAAAGUCAGGAAAAGAAAAGCCGACAAGAUGAAGCUCAGAAGGUGACAAAGUUCGAAAAAAGUUUUAAAGCUUUUCUUAAGAUGUUUGAAGUCUGGAAGCGAGAGCGGUCAAAAUCGAUGACUGAGAUCCAUAGAAAAGAAGUAGAUAAAGAGAAAAAGAAGAAAGAAGAGGCGGAAAAGCAGAAGCAACAGCGGAGAGAAGAGGCCGAUGCGGCCUUCAGAGCAUGGUUUUUCCAUCAAAAAAAAAUUCGGAUUAAAUUUUCUCUCUUCAGGGUAGCCAAAAAGAAGAAGGGACAACGGGCCGCCAGUUCUGAUCCGAAAAAGAAAGAUGAAGAGGAUAAAAUCAAAGAUUUCCGUCAAAUGAUGGCACAAGAGGCUUAUGAAGCGUGGCUGGAGAUGAAGGUGAGAAAAUUUCAUUAACUAGAAUAACUCUGAAUUUUCGCGUGAUUCCGUAGGAAAAUGCUCAAAGAAUUUUUUUCCCAGCGAAACCUGAGCGCGCUUUUGUUGAAUUUUGAUGAAAGCAUUUGGCAGAAGAACUUGAAAAAAAAGAGAUUUUUGAUCAAUGAUUAUGAAGAACAUGAAGUGAAAAGAAAAAGACCUGGAGUCAGAUAAUUUUCAUGAAGUAAGUCCAGUUUUAGUUAUUUUUCAAAGUACUCGAUUCAUGCGGUUUAUUUUUAUCAUUCGAUUUUUUUUCCUGAGAACAGGAUAUACAUAGUAUUUUUAAAUUAUUAAAUAUGUAAUAAGCCUAGUUUUAGCAUCAAUAUUCAUUCUUGAGAAAACGAAUGUCCCUUCAAAAAAAUUCUAUCAACAGAUGCACGAGAGAGACAUCGAAGCGACAUUGAAGCCACUCGAAGGACCUAUAGUUCCAUGGAUACCCCCAAACAAUACGGUUCCAAGGCGAUUCGUUGGAUCCGCUCAAAGAAGGUGAUUUGAAAAAUAAAUAUUCGAUGCCUGAAAGUGGGGUUGCAAAAAUCUAAAUUCGCCAGGUUUCACAGUUUUCUGAUGAGCUACUCAAAUUACCUUCCUUUCAAAAUCAACACUUUUAAUUCAGAAGAGCGCAGAAAAGUCACAUGCAACGGUCGCAGUCGGCAAAAGCUCGGCCCCGAACCAAUCCACCAUUAAGAUAG